AUGGAAAUUGGCCAUGGAAUCUUUAGAUCCGGAAAUCCUCGUACACAAGAGAAUUGGCUUGGACACAAUGGAAGCGUACUUGGAUUUACAGGAUCUCUUUGGUGGAAGGAUGAAAUUGAUUGUGUUGUAUGUGUCCUUGCAAAUGUGGGAACUAUGCAUGCUGGAAAAGUUUCAUCGAGUGCGCCACAAAUUGCCUUCGAAUCGAAGUUCCUGGAAGUAGCUGUUAAGUUGACUAACAUUGCUGUGAAAGAUGAAUGA